AUGGAGGACGGCCAAGAAAGAUUGCUGGCAGCAAACAGCGGCCAGCGCUCGCAGCUUCCAACCGAUGCACUUAUUUUGCAAAUUCUCGAGCAACUGAAACAGCAACAACUCGUGACAAAUCAACUCCUCCACCAGCAGUACGAGUCCCAAGAACAGCAACGAGCUUUCAUCCGGCAGCAGGGAGAUGCACUCCGGAAUAUUCAAGUACCGACUAAUCCAGAAACCAUCCUGGAUUCAUUAGCGGCCAACGUGAAGGAAUUUCGGUAUGAUGUGGAGAGUAACAUAACCUUUGCUGCUUGGUUCACCCGUUACGAGGAUCUAUUCGCAAGCGACGCUGCCCGCCUUGAUGAUCCAGCAAAAGUGAGACUGUUAAUCCGUAAACUCGGUCUCGCUGAACACGAACGCUAUUUGAGCUUCAUCCUACCGAAAACCCCGAAGGACUUCACCUUCGAUGAAACAGUUACCAAACUAACAGGUUUGUUCGGUACAAGUGAAUCAUUAAUCAGCAGACGGUAUCGUUGCCUGCAGGUUACCAAAGGGCCGACUGAAGACUUCGUGACGUACUCCUGCCGUGUAAAUAAAAGCUGCGUUGAGUUCGAGUUGGGAAAAUUAUCGGAGGAAGAAUUUAAGUCGCUUAUCUACGUUUGCGGUCUGAAAUCCGAGGCUGAUGCUGAAAUAAGGACCCGACUAUUGACGAAGAUAGAGGAUAGAACGAGUGUCACCCUAGAGCACCUAUCCUCCGAAUGCAAGCGGCUGAUGAACCUCCGACACGAUACCGCUAUGAUAGAAAAUACGGCGAAUGCGGUCAACGUCAUCAAAAAGCAGCAACCUUUUCGAAAGCGGCAACAAUAUUGCGGGGAAAGAACGCCGAAAUCAGAGGUCAACCGAAAUGCUUCGCAUAGCAGAGACAAGCGCGAACCAGCGAGUCCCUGCUGGAAUUGUGGCAUGAUGCAUUAUGCUCGUGACUGCAGUUUCAAGAAACAUCGAUGUUCGGAAUGCAACAGGUUCGGGCAUAAAGAAGGUUACUGUUCCACUUCGCAGAAGUCCCGCCGCAGGCAAUUCAGACGCAAAUCAAACAGCAUUACAGUGUCUACCAAAAUUGUCUCCGCCUCUGUAAAUACAGUGCAGCAUCGAAGAAAGUUUUUGUCAGUUCAGUUAAAUGGCGUCCCAGUCCGUCUACAAUUUGAUACAGCCAGUGAUAUUUCCGUCGUUUCUGCAGAAACAUGGUGUCGACUUGGCAAGCCAGCUACAAGACCACCGUCAGUGCAGGCCAGAGCAGCAUCCGGCGACCCCCUUUCGUUAAUUUCGGAGUUUGACUGUUCCAUCAACGUGAAUGGUAUUGUUCAGACUGGCACCGUCUUUGUAGUUGCGCAAAACUUGCAUAUCAUGGGACUGGAUCUAAUAGAAGCGUUUCAGCUCGACUCGGUCCCUAUGAAAGCGUUUUGUCAGCAAAUUGAUUCGAGUACGGUGGUUGAUAAGUUAAAAGCAGAUUUUCCGGAAGUUUUUAGUACCACUCUGGGGAAGUGCAGUAAGGCGACAGUAAAGCUGGAACUCAAGCCGGGGCAGAAAGCAGUUUUUCGACCGAAACGCCCGGUGGCUUAUGCAACCUACCGUGCUGUAGACGACGAAUUGGAUCGUCUCGAACGCAUGAAAAUCAUCACGCCGGUGGACUACUCCGAAUGGGCCGCACCAAUUGUGGUCGUUCGGAAAGCGAAUGGGAACAUUCGGAUUUGCGGUGAUUAUUCCACGGGAUUGAAUGACGCACUUCAGCCGCAUCAAUACCCUCUACCGUUACCACAGGAUAUAUUCGUAAAGCUGGCAAAUUGUAAGUUAUUCAGUAUCAUCGACAUGUCAGAGUCUUACCUGCAGGUUGGUGUCGAUGACGCCACGAGUAUGCUACUCUCUAUCAACACCCACCGUGGCAUUUACAAAGUCAACCGUUUAGCACCUGGCGUAAAAGCAGCUCCCGGGGCAUUUCAACAACUGGUUGACACUAUGUUGGCAGGACUCAAGCACACCUGCGGCUACAUCGACGAUAUUGUCGUCGGUGGAGAAAAUGAGGAGGAACAUUGGCAUAACCUCAAAGCUCUUUUUCAACGGUUGAAGGAAUACGGCUUCACCAUCCGUUUGGAAAAAUGUUCAUUCCAACGACAGCAGAUCAAGUAUUUGGGACAUUUGCUUGACCACCAUGGAAUUCGACCAGAUCCAGCCAAAAUAGAAGCAAUUAAGCUUAUGCCAGCGCCAACAACCGUAUCGGAAGUUAGAUCCUUUUUAGGGGCUAUUAAUUUUUAUGGCAAGUUUGUGCCAAAUAUGCGUGCAUUACGAUAUCCAUUGGACAUGCUGUUAAAGACCGAAGCCAAAUUCAACUGGACGGCAGAGUGCCAGGCUGCGUUUGAUGAGUUCAAACAAAUCUUGUCAUCAGAUCUUCUCCUAACUCACUAUAAUCCAAAAUUGGAGAUUAUUGUUUCUGCAGAUGCCUCUUCUGUGGGCCUAGGCGCAACCAUCAGUCAUCGCUUUCCAGACGGGUCACUGAAGGUCAUUCAACAUGCUUCCAGAGCAUUGGCGCCAGCGGAACGCAACUAUAGUCAACCGGAUAGAGAAGGAUUGGCCAUUAUCUUCGCGGUUACUAAAUUCCACCGCAUGAUAUUUGGUCGCAAGUUCCGGCUUCAGACCGAUCAUGCACCCCUACUGCGAAUCUUCGGUUCAAAAAAGGGAAUCCCUGUGUACACUGCCAAUCGUUUACAACGAUGGGCCCUCACGCUUUUAAUGUACGAUUUUGUAAUCGAGUAUGUGUCGACGGAUAAAUUCGGUCAUGCAGACAUUCUUUCUCGGCUAAUCAAUCACCAUGCCAGACCUGAGGAAGAUUACGUGAUAGCAGCUGUUACACUCGAAAACGAUAUCAACUCAGUGGCGUUUGAUUCGUUCACCAUCCUUCCUCUCAAUUUUAAGGAAGUACUGCAAAGUACUCGAACGGACCCGAUUCUUAGCAAAGUGUACAAGUUCGUUCAAGAAGGUUGGCCAAAAUUCUUGCCCAGCAGUGCUGAUCGUGAGUUGGCAAAAUUUUUCCACCAGCGUGAAUCAUUAACAACAGUGCAAGGAUGUAUACUUUAUGGUGAGCGGCUGGUAAUCCCGGUGCAACUACGGAAACGAUGUCUCACCCAGCUUCAUCAAGGUCAUCCUGGAAUCCAGCGGAUGAAGGCGGUUUCCCGAAGCUACGUGUAUUGGCCAGCUCUUGAUGUCGAAAUAGAGGGUUUCGUUAAAGCAUGCCCUCACUGCGCUUUGGUUGCUAAAUCACCGGCACAUGCGUCACCAGUACCAUGGCCAAAACCUAGUCGCCCAUGGCAAAGGGUACAUAUCGAUUAUGCCGGACCAAUAGACGGCGAGUAUUAUCUAUUAGCGGUGGAUUCGUAUUCCAAAUGGCCAGAAAUAAUUAAAACAGGACGCAUUACAGCCUCCGCUACCAUUGCCAUACUUCGGAAUGUUUUUGCACGACUAGGGAUGCCGGAGACGUUGGUGUCCGACAACGGCACACAAUUUACGGGUGCUGAAUUUGCUGAAUUUUGCGGUGUAAACGGGAUUAACCACGUCACAACCGCCCCAUACCACCCACAGUCAAACGGCCAAGCUGAACGGUUCGUGGAUACUUUCAAGCGGGCCGUCAAAAAGAUACGAGAGGGAAGGCGGCCGAUGGAAGAAGCACUGGAUACAUUUCUCCUAACGUACCGGAGUACUCCAAACCGUUCUACACCAGAUGGGCUCUCACCUUCGGAAAUUUUAUUCGGACGACGUAUUCGAACAUCCCUCGAAUUACUGCGGGUACCACCGAAGCAAACACCAGAGUUAAGCGAGCAGGGUGCAGCAGAUAGGCGAACCUUUCAGCGGAAUGAUUUCGUGUAUGCCAAGGUUUAUAAAAACAACGCUUGGAGUUGGGUACCUGGUACGAUUCUGGAAAAAGUAGGGAACGUAAUGUUUAAUGUUUGGAUCCAAGACCGACGUCUAAUACGGUCGCAUCUGAAUCAACUUCGAAGCCGAUUAUCAUCCAGUGCUGUACGAGACCAAGAAGCAAAGCAACCUUCGGCGAAUAAAUCGUUGCCGUUAGACAUUUUACUUGAUGCUUGGGGCCUGCGAGGUUCAUCAUCUAUUCCAUUUUCGUCCAGUGGUCAGGAAUCUUCGGCAUCGCCCGAGUAUGACGUCACCUUCCAGGAACCAUCAAUAUCGCCACCGAUGGUGUCCCAUAACACGUCGACCAGCGCAGAGCAGUCGUCUUCGUCCACCACAUCGUCAUCUUCUAGCUUCGAAUCUGCAAAUGCCAGUACACCGACGGUCCAGUUACCUCGGCGCUCUUCACGUGUCAGAAGGGCUCCUCAAUGGCUCAACCCAUACGAACGCAAUUAA